AUUAUGAUUGGCUCAUUUCUAUUUGAUACAAAAUAGCAACAAAGGUGAAAAACGUUUCGAAGGAAGCAUAAAAGCUUGUCUCUUCGACUGUCUUUCGAAGAAAUUGGAAAUAAUAUAAACUGGGUGGUCGAGAAACAAUGUUUUUCUUUUCGGAACACAAAAUCUCAACGUGACUUGCCGCAAAAUCAUAACAUUAAAACGUCAAAGAUCAUUGUGUUUUUGAAGUCUACGUCACUGUCGUCACAAACAAAGGAUCCAAGAAGGUCCUUGUACAGAAAUAACCUCCUUGGUUGCUUUGUUUUUAAAUAUUUCAAGUAUUCAAAGUGGAGCACUGAAAUUACGGAAAUCAACUAUUAAAAUAAUUAUUCGUUGCUAUAUUCAGCAAUAAUAAAGCAUCACAAUCAAAUAAUGUAGAUACGUUAUGAAGUAUGGAAUAUCAAGUUGUCCAAAAGAUCGAAAGACUUAAAGGAACAUAAAGAAAAUAAUUUGAUAUUAGUGGUUUUCAACCACGUAUAGUAGUAGUAUAUUUCAAUUGCUAGUCUGUCAUGUUCGUAAUAGAAAUGUCAGCCAGUUGAACAUCAUAAAGUUUAUACAUAGAGUUUAUAUAGAGUUUAUACAUAGACAAGUAGCAAGAAUGAAAACAGCUAGCCCUGUCACUAAAAGGAAAGAAAGGACCUAUGGCCAAGCAUAUAGUUUUAAAACUUUACCAAAGGAUAGUCAUGGUUCACGAAAGAUAGCUUUGAAAAAGUCACAAAGUGCUCAAGGUAUCUCAAGUUAUGGCUUCAAUGGAUUUUCGUCAACAGAAUGUGCAGUUGUUACGGACAGUGAGAGAAAUACAACUGCUCAUGUGUCAGAGAUUAGAGAGAGACUGCCAAAUUGCAGUGGUCAUGUUCAACUUAGAGAAGGCGAUUUACAGACUCAUUUUGCUGCGUAUAAAUUUCUUCCAAGACAUGAUAAUGAACUUGAAUUAGAUGUAGGGGAUGCUAUUUGUGUAAAACAUAUUUCUAGUGAUUUAUGGUGUGAGGGCAAAAAUCUACGUUCUGGUAAAACAGGAAUAUUUCCAUCUCAUUUUGUCUCAGAUAUCCUAUCAUAUACAGGAGAGAAGAUAAAAUAUGAUUUGUCCCAAAAUGGGAUGCAGUUCUACUUGAAAUUUUUGGGCUCUGUUGAAGUAUUUGUGUUAAAAGGAAUCAAUGUUUUGCAAGAAGCUAUAACAAAGAUAUUGAGUUUAAGAACCAAAAAUAAAGUACAUGAUUGGUCUCCAUGUACACUGGAAAUUGACGAAAGAGGAAUAAGACUCAUAGAUCAUGCACAAGAAAAUGAGAAACAACAGAACAAGUCACUUGUCGGAAGACUGUUUAAUAAUGAACAAAAGGUGAUAGUUGAAAAAAAUUCUGAAAACAAAAACUGUGGUUAUUUUUUAUCAAAUCAUCUUUCAGGCUGCUGUAUCCAAGUUUUACUUUCAACUAAAACAUGUCACAUUUUGUGGUUGCUACUCAGAGUCAACAAGGUAUUUCGGGUUUGUCACCAAACACCCGCAUCAACAAAGAUUUGCCUGCCAUAUAUUUAUGUCAGAAUUCUCUACAGAACCUGUUGCUAAAGCCAUAGGGCAAGCUUUUAAGAAACUUUCAUUUGAACUUCGAAGAAAAUCUGAACAGUAAUGAAGUUUUGUUAUGUUCCUCUUCUGUUAGCAUGGUGAUACAGCAACACUGUUAUUUGUCUAAAGGAGUCCGCAUCAAAGGUCUCACAUUUCCUGAUUUUACCAAAAAUGAGCAAUAAUUCCAGUGGGCUAAAUUUUAGUUUAGUAUUUACUAGGUUACUAAUCCAGGUGAUAAAGAUAACACAAAGUGUAUAAGCUGCCUUAAAGGAAAUUGAAAUGUUGCGUUUCUCUGUUGUGUUGGUGAGGUAAAUAAUUUAUUUAUCUAAGUUGAAAACACAAAGAAAUGGAACAAUAAUGUUUAUUUAAGAAUUUAUUCAUUCAAAUAUUAGAACUGGAUCAUUUGUCCCUGAAAGUGAAAUAAAAUUAAGUAUUAAUGUAGAUCUCUGACAUACAAAGCAUUUAAAACAUAAA